AUGAGCUUACUCGCUUCUAUUGCAGGGGCGAUUUACCUCGUCCUCUCCUGCUUCCUCGCCGUCGUUACUGCAGAAUCUAGUUAUGUCACCGUUGAACAACUACAGAAAGCCCCCGAUGGCUGGCUUCGAGGGCCCCUACCAACACCCGUAAAGCAGAUGCGAUUCCAUAUAGCUGUCAAACAAGAGAGAGCAACUGAGGUGGAGCAGAUGGUUCUCGACAUGUCCACGCCUGGCCACCGCAACUAUGGAAAUCACUUGAAACGAGACGAUCUCAGAGCUUUAGUUCGCCCGUCCAACCGCACUAUGGAGCAGGUACUAUCGUGGCUUGUGGCAGAAGAUAUACCUUCAGAAUCCAUAACUAUUCAUGGGAAUUGGGUUGAAGCGACGAUGUCUGUUUCCCAGGCGGAGUCGUUGUUGAAGACCAAGUUUCAUCGCUACUCACAUCGCACGACGCACAAACAUACGGUCAGAACGCUCAGUUACUCAGUACCGCGGGAGAUUUACCCAUAUAUCCAGCUAAUACAGCCUACGACGCACUUUGGCCAGCCAGGAGCACAGCUUGCACGGCCUACUUUUGAGCCAGUCGCUGCGACAUUCCAUGACCUAACCUCCAACUGCACAAAGUCGGUGACACCAGACUGCCUGCGUGAGCUGUAUGGUAUCUACGACACGAUUGCAGAGCCGGACCCUCACAACAGGCUUGGAAUAUCCGGGUAUCUGGACCAGUAUGCACGCUACAGCGAUCUGGAACAGUUCAUGGAAACAUAUGCACCAAAUAGGACAGAGACCAACUUUACCGUCGUCUCUAUCAAUGGAGGCCUGAAUCUACAAAACUCUUCGAGAGGUAGCACUGAAGCAAGCUUGGAUGUCCAAUACGCCCUCUCGCUUGCGUACAACACACUCGCGACGUUCUAUAGCACAGGAGGAACGGCCCCAUUCUUACCAGGCGUAGGAGAGUCGGGCGAAGACGAAUCUACCAACGAGCCCUACCUCGAGCAACUCCACUAUCUUCUCAACCUACCAGACGAGGAGCUACCCGCCGUUCUUACAACAUCCUACGGAGAAGACGAACAGAGCGUCCCGGAAUCAUAUUCCGACGCAACCUGCAAUCUGUUUGCUCAGCUUGGGGCUCGUGGAGUCUCCGUAAUCUUCAGCAGUGGCGAUGACGGCGUGGGAAUGUCAUGUUUGACCAACGACGGUACCAACAGGACAAGAUUCCAGCCCAUUUUUCCGGCAUCGUGCCCUUUCGUCACCGCAGUUGGCGGUACGCACGGCACAAACCCAGAGAAAGCGAUCGAUUUCUCCGGCGGCGGCUUCUCAGAACGGUUUCCACGCCCCACGUAUCAGGAUGCCAGUGUCGGAGCCUAUCUUAAAAGGCUCGGUGACAGGUGGGAUGGGCUGUAUAAUCCGCAUGGAAGAGGCAUCCCCGACGUGGCCGCUCAGGCCAACAACUAUCUCAUCAUUGACCACGGUCAGGCAUACAGGAUUGGCGGCACAAGCGCCUCGGCCCCGGUAUUCGCAGCCAUCGUCUCCCGGCUAAACGCAGCACGACUGAGGGACGGCAAGCCGAGACUCGGCUUCCUCAAUCCGUGGCUAUACUCGCUGAACCAAACAGGCUUCACUGAUAUUGUCAAUGGGGGUUCGAUGGGGUGCUACGGCGACUAUGGUGUUGAAGUGCCGUAUGCGAGCUGGAACGCAACGCCUGGAUGGGAUCCGGCCACGGGGUUAGGGACGCCUUUUUAUAAUACGCUUGUGAAGGUUGCGAGUGAGUUAUGAGCGUUGCUUUUGAUGGUCGUCUUUUGUGUUUUUCUUUCUUUUUCUGGACUAGGUUGGUUUUCAUCGGCGCGCGUGUUGAGUUGGAACAAUAGUGAUUUUUAUCCUAGGCGGAGUUGCGAGGUUUUCUUCUUUCAUCAAGGGUUGUAAGUGUUAGCUGCCACUGCAAUUAUACCUAGAAUGUGUAUUUCAUCAUUCGUGCAGACAUUCAAAUCUCUUGUUAGCCAGACGCUGAGGUUCGCUUGCCAGUAAUCGAUCUCAAGGUGCCGCUGUUGCGGUCUUCAAGGGUCUUUGGGCGCGCUUCAACAUUGCUCAACGUGAUCCCAUCGAGCAUCCAUCUUUUUGCCCCAAAGCUCCAUGAUAAUUAAUCAACAUCCCUUGAUCUUCAGCCGCAAUUCCAGUUCCAACUCCAAGCGUUUGCAAAGCAAAGGCGCUAAAAAAGCAACGGGUUUGUUCAAACGCCAACUCAAUGUUUCACCAGGGGUUCCCGGUUAAGAUUGCUGACCGGAUGACCCGAGCGAUG